AAACCCCAAUCGGCCAACCCUAGAAUCGCUCGUUGCUUGUCCCUCCUCCCGUGUGCGGCGCCGCCGCUGCGCACAGGACAGCGAGCGCUUCCACCCCAUCUCCUCGCCCUCGUCCACUUCUCCGGCCAAGCCGCUCACUUCUCCUCGCCCUCGUCCACUUCUCCGGCCAAGCCGCUCACUUCCACCACUUCUCCUCGCCCUCGUCCACUCCUCUCGACCUCACGAGUCCUCACCAGAUCUGAAGCUCGUAGGCAGCAGGGCUCCCUAGACUGCAGCAUGGUGCUCGGCGGCUGCGGCAACGGAGCUGAUGGAGCACGAUCCGACCAGUUCAACGGAGGCAGUAGCACGGGGCAGCGGCAGCAGCAUGGAGGGCGUCCGCUUGACUGGGAAGGUGAUGGAACUGCAAAUAGGAGUGGAAGCGGCAACCAUGAUGCAGGUGCAAGUGGUUCCCAAAGCUCUUGGAAAGGAAUUAAAGAUAAUAACUUAUAUGAUCCUUGGAACCAUACAUGGCCGUAUUCUGGGGGUUUUCAUUGUAUGUACUGUGGCCUAAAGCACAAAGGUGGAGGUGCAACCCGUGCCAAGGAGCACCUUGGUUGGAUUGUAGGUAACGUGAGGAGCUGCCUAAAUGUGCCAAGAAAUGUGAGAGAUGCAACGAGGGAGUGCCGGGAUGAAUCGAAGAGGAAGAAAAGAGAGAAACAAAAUAGCAGGCUGAGAAUUGAAAGAAAUAUUAUGGAAGGGCUGUAUCAACAAGGAGGGGUGAUUAACAUAAUAGAUGAUGAUGAAGAAGAAAUUCAGAUGAAUAUUAGAGAGGCAUUGCGUGACCCGAAUGUCUCCCGCAGAGUUGAUAGGAGGAUUGGCAAGGGGAGUGUGGGUGACGUGCGAGUUGCUGUUGGCAAAAGGAGUAUCACCGCAUAUUUUGACAAGCAAUUAUGCAGCAACAAAGUAUCUAUGCAGCCCAAGAUCAGUAGUGCUUUGGAUCCUAAUUCGAGAGAUGCACUUGGCCUAGCUUGGUCCAAGUUUUUUCAUGCCAAUGAUAUUGCUGGACGUAAAGCUGACUGUCCAUACUUCCAAGCUGCUUUGAAGAUCACUCAACAAUUAGGGCCUACUCCUAUACCAACCGCGAAGGAGAUUGAUGGAAAAUAUUUGGAUGCAAACUAUGAUGAAGCAACUUCGUUUCUUCAGAAAUUCAAACAAGAUUGGAAAAACUUCGGUGUGACCCUUAUGUGUGACUCUUGGACUGGUCCAACAGGAAUGAGUCUCAUAAACUUCAUGGUGUAUUGCAAUACACGAAUGUUCUUCCUCAAUACUAUUGAUGCAUCCGGUCAGACUCAGAAUUCAGACUUUAUCUAUAGAGAGAUUGAGAAGGUUGUAGAAGAGAUAGGCCAUGAACAUAUAGUUCAAAUAGUAACAGAUAAUGGGUCCAAUUAUAAGAAAGCUUGCAAAACCCUUAUAGAAGAACCAAAGUACUCUCAUAUUGUUUGGCAACCAUGUGCUGCUCACACCGUCAAUCUUAUGUUAAAAGAUAUAGCCAAAUUUCCUGAGGUUGAUGUGAUAGUCAAGAGUGCCAAGACAAUCUGUAGGUUCUUGCAUAAGCACAAUAAUCUACAUGAUAACAUGAAGAAGAACAUAGGUGGUGAACUAAUUAGACCAAAUGCCACCCGGUUUGGGACUGUCUUCAUGUUCCUUGAGAGUUACCAUUUGAAGAAAGAUAAAUUUAGGGAGUGGAUGGUUUCUCAGGAUUGGAAAGAGUGUCAGUGGAGAUAUGAGCCUGGAUACGUGUUUUCUGAAGAAUGUUUGUCUAGUAAUCUUUGGUGGAAUGCACUAGAGUGGGUACUAGGUUCGUUAAGGCCACUUUAUAAGGCCAUGAGGUAUGCUGAUACGCAGAAACAAUGCACUCUUUCUGGCUUCAAAAAAAGUAUGAUGCUCGCUAUACAACGGAUGGAAGCACAUCUAGGCCCUACAUCAAGGUUGUACCUUAGUUUCAUGCGCAAGGUGGGCAAGAGGAUAGAUGCAAUGGAAGAAGAUACGUUUAUGGUUGCAGCUGCCGUCCUUGAUCCAUAUACACAUUACAGCCUCAACCUUUGCAACCAUACAAAUUAUGCUACUGCACUAACAGAUGCGAUAGCGAAGAUAUUAGAUCCAAAGAGUGCUCUUUCAGCCAUUGAUGAAGUUAGUAAGUUUAGGGAGUGCCAAGGAAGGUUUGGGACCAGAUUAGCACAAGAAGCUGCGGCGAGAAUGGAGCCAACCCAAUGGUGGUUUCAAUUUGGAGGGGAUGUUCCUGCAUUGCAGAAGUGUGCAAUGAGAAUUUGCUCACAAUGUGUCUCAUCUAGUGGGUGUGAGAGGAACUGGAGCGCCUUUGCUUUGGUGCACACAAAGCAAAGAAAUCGCCUUUUAUAUGACAAGCUCCACAAGCUAGUUUCUGUCCGCUACAACCUAAAGAUACGUGCUGAAGAAGAUCAAGAGAAAGAGAGAGAUAUAGAUAAAGAGGUUGAUCCAAGUGCAUUGCUGAUAGAUACAACAAUGUUCGAUGAGACAAAUCCAAUAAUGGAGUGGCUGAAUGAGGAUGAAGAGGAUCCAAUUUUGGAUGGAGCCGAUGCGGCCAGUGCUGUUUUUGAGAAAAUAAGGCGCCUCAACUCAAGCAGGAAGGAUUCUUAUGUUGGUACAAAGGCUAAUAAGAAGAAAAGAAAGAGGAAUCAUGAUGAGGAGAAUGAGUAUGUCGAAACUGACAGUGAGAAUGACGACAACGAGAAUGAAUAUGUUGAUAAUGAGAGUGAGGAUGAUGAUGGGGUGAGUGAGGAUGAUGAGGAUGAUCAACAAGAUCAGCAAGAAACACAAAUGCAAGUGGAAGAAGAGACACAAGUACAAGUUGAAAAGGAGACACAAGCAAGCAUUGGCAAUUUGGAGACUCGUAGAUCUGGACGACUAGUUAGGAAGAAGACCAAGGAAAUCAACAGCCUCUACUCGUAGAUUUGCUGGAGCUUGGAGCUAGCUGGAGCUUGGAGAAUGAUGCUAGUUGGAGGCUUGGAGCAUGGAAGCUGGAGCUAGUGAUGAUUUCUUUUGGAGUUGUUGUUCGUUGUGAUGCUUUGAUGGUUGCCUUUUGCUGUUCGGUGUGAUGCUUUGAUGGCUGUCUUUUGGAGAUGUUUCUACGUGAAGUCCUUUAAAUUCCUAGAGUUGGUUGUACUGAAGUAUUUAAACUUUGAACUAUGAUGUGAUGGUUGUGGACUGUAAGUUUAGAACUAAUGUGAUGGUUGUGGACUGUAAGUUUAUAUUGGACUGACGCUCUUAUUUUAAUCCCUAGAGCUAAUUUGCUAAACAUUAUAUGAUUACUCCUGAUGGCUGUUGGGCUGCUA